AGAUCUUUUUCGCUUGAAAUAGAAAUGAAACCUCUGGCCCUUCUUCUUCCUCCAACAAUCGCGUUAUCUCCUUCACACUUGCCCUCCGUACCGAAACCUCAACUCCAAAACCAUAAAUUUCGCAUCUCGUGCUCCUCCAUUCCACCAGAAACGAUAAAGAAGGAAAGUGAAAUUUCAAGAAUCGAAUACAAAUCUGGAGUGUUGGAUGACUUUUUGCUCAACUCAUUCCGUAACAAAUUGGUACAGGAGGUUGGAUGGGAUUCAGAGAAGCCUGGAUACGAUGGAUUGAUUGAAUUAGUUAAUGGUCUCAUGAUCAAAGGCAAAACAAAUUCUGAUACUAGCGAUGCCGCGGUUCGGAUUUUAGCGUCAUUGUUUCCUCCGCUUGUGUUAAAGCUGUAUAAAAUUCUUAUAUCGCCCAUAGCUGGAGGGAAAAUAGCUGCCAUAAUGGUUGCAAGGGUAACUGCACUCACUUGUCAAUGGCUCAUGGGUCCAUGCGCGGUGAAUUCUGUGGAUCUUCCUGAUGGAACCACAUGCCAAAGUGGGGUUUUUGUUGAAAGAUGCAAGUAUUUAGAGGAAAGUAAAUGUGUAGGUAUCUGUAUUAAUACCUGUAAACUUCCCACACAGACCUUUUUUAAGGAAUAUAUGGGAGUUCCUUUAUUGAUGGAGCCAAACUUCAGUGACUAUAGCUGUCAGUUUAAAUUUGGGAUUCUUCCACCACUUCCCCAACAUGAUACUGCCCUCAAGGAGCCUUGCUUGGAGAUAUGCCCAACUUCAAGCCGACGCAAGGGCUUAACCCAGAACCUGAANUCAUCAAAUUUUUACACAAAAAGUUGUAAAUUGAAUGUAAUUUUUCAGAUAAAGAAGGAAAGUGAAAUUUCAAGAAUCGAAUACAAAUCUGGAGUGUUGGAUGACUUUUUGCUCAACUCGUUCCGUAACAAAUUGGUACAGGAGGUUGGAUGGGAUUCAGAGAAGCCUGGAUACGAUGGAUUGAUUGAAUUAGUUAAUGGUCUCAUGAUCAAAGGCAAAACAAAUUCUGAUACUAGCGAUGCCGCGGUUCGGAUUUUAGCGUCAUUGUUUCCUCCGCUUGUGUUAAAGCUGUAUAAAAUUCUUAUAUCGCCCAUAGCUGGAGGGAAAAUAGCUGCCAUAAUGGUUGCAAGGGUAACUGCACUCACUUGUCAAUGGCUCAUGGGUCCAUGCGCGGUGAAUUCUGUGGAUCUUCUUGAUGGAACCACAUGCCAAAGUGGGGUUUUUGUUGAAAGAUGCAAGUAUUUAGAGGAAAGUAAAUGUGUAGGUGUCUGUAUUAAUACCUGUAAACUUCCCACACAGACCUUUUUUAAGGAAUAUAUGGGAGUUCCUUUAUUGAUGGAGCCAAACUUCAGUGACUAUAGCUGUCAGUUUAAAUUUGGGAUUCUUCCACCACUUCCCCAACAUGAUACUGCCCUCAAGGAGCCUUGCUUGGAGAUAUGCCCAACUUCAAGCCGACGCAAGGGCUUAACCCAGAACCUUAAUAUCGAGCAAUGUCCAAAGGCGUAACUUCUAGAGUGUUUUUAAUCAAAUAAAAACAAAGGUGGUUUCUCUGGACAUUUGUUACAUGAAUUCGCUGUCUAUACACAAGGAAACUUAAGUUGCGGUUUUUCUCU